AUUAUAUUAUCUAUGUCUUUGUUUGGUACUCAGUCUUAUUUCGAGAAAGUUUUAAUUUUUUCCACGACCAGCACGCAUACUUUUCCCCUUUUAGCGCCUCCAUUCAGGGACAGCCUAAUCGUAGAAUGACCCAGUUUUCAGCUUCGGCAGAUAACGAUGGACGCUGGUGAAGAUCGCUUGUUUCUGGGAUUUGAUUUUAGCACACAACAAAUCAAGGCAGAAGCAAUAAAUGACUCUCUGCAACUUGUAAAUGAAACAGCAGUCAAGUUUGACUCCGAUCUUCCAGAAUUCAAAACUCAUGGUGGGGUGCACAUCCACAACGAUAAUGUCACAGUUACUGCCCCUAGUAUCAUGUGGGUCAAGGCCUUUGACUUGUUGCUAGAUAAAAUGAAGAAGGAUGGUUUUCCCUUUCACAAAGUGGCAUGCAUUUCAGGGGCAGGGCAGCAACAUGGCAGUGCAUACUGGAAAAAAGGUACAAACCAAAUCUUAAGAAAUCUUGAUGACAAAAAACCUCUCCAUGAACAACUACAGAACUGUUUUUCGAUCCCUGAUUCUCCUAUAUGGAUGGAUGCCAGUACAACAAAGAACUGCCGUGAACUGGAAGAAAAAGUAGGCGGUCCCUUGAAACUAGCAGAAAUAACUGGUUCUCGUGCUUUUGAGAGGUUUACAGGCACCCAGAUUAUGAAGAUUUCUCAGACAAGACCUUCAGAGUACAAUGACACUGAGAGGAUUUCAUUGGUCAGUAGUUUUGCAGCAUCCCUUUUGAUUGGAGAUUAUGCUCCAAUAGAUUUGAGUGAUGGGUCAGGAAUGAACCUUCUAGACAUUAGAACUAAGAAGUGGUCACCAGAAUGUCUUCAGGCUUGUGGAUCAAACUUGAGUGAGAAGCUGGGAGAACCAGUGCCAUCCAAACAAGUCAUUGGAAACGUGAGCCAGUUUCUCAUUGGUCGAUAUAACUUUAGUCCAAAUUGCAAGGUUGUGGCUUUUACAGGAGAUAACCCAGCAUCCCUGGCAGGAGUGGCGCCUAAACUAGGUGAUACAAUUAUAAGUCUUGGGUCCAGUGAUACAGUAUUCUCCUGGCUGCCGAGUCAGACAGUGGAACUGGAUGGCAAUGUCUUUGUUAACCCCAUCGACUCCAAUACUUAUAUGUCUCUAGUCUGCUUUAAGAAUGGUUCUCUCACAAGAGAGAGAAUCAAAGAUGAAAGUGCUGAAGGCUCGUGGGAUAAAUUUUCAGAAUACUUGAAAAACACACCAAUGGGAAAUAAUGGAAAUAUAGGAAUAUAUUUUGAUGUAAUGGAGAUUCAGCCAUUAUCACAAGGAAUUUUCCGGUUCAACAAAUCGGAUGAAAAGGUGGCCUCCUUCCCACCAGAAGCAGAAGUUCGAGCCGUGAUAGAAAGUCAGAUGAUUGCUCGUAAAAUGUACAUGGAAAUGAGAGGAAUGCACACAGACCUGGACACCCGAAUACUUGCCACUGGAGGUGCCUCUCUCAAUAAGGCCAUUCUGCAGGUUAUAUCAGAUGUGUUUGGGGCACCUGUUUUUGUGAGUGAUAUGCCAAACUCAGCCGGCCUUGGCUCCUGUUACAGAGCUAAACAUGGACUUGAUGGUUAUGAUUUCUCAAAUGUUGUUAAGAACCACCCCCAGCCAGAGUGUGUGGCAGUCCCGACAGAGGGCGCUAGUGAGGUCUAUAAGGAAAUGAGUUUGAGGUACAGAAAAUUAGAGCGAGAAGUUGCCAACCAACAAUAACAGAGAGAUGUGUAGGAUUAAUUAGUCUGCUCAUUAUUUAUGGUAGCUGAAUCCCCUUUUAAUUACAAUUGGUGCUAUCUCCUUCUUGUAUAAUUUAAAUCAUUGUUAUGCGAUUGUGAUGGAUCACUUCAUUGUGAAUGUUAAAUCAAUUAUGUACCAAUAGCUCAUCCUAUGAUGGACAAUAAAUUGAUUGUACACUUUUCAAGAA